AUUUUUAAGCGCCAGAUCCAAAUAUUUUUCUGUCACUGUCAACUCAAGUUCGUUCGAAAUCGUCUUGUCAAAGUAUGCAGACUAUGGACCGUGAAGCUUUAGUUACAGAAAAAUAUAGGGUGAUUGAAGACAUAAAGAAGGCAAAUCUCGAAGUGAUGAAUAUCAGAUCAUCGUUUGACCCUGGCUUCUCCCGUAAACUUUAUGAACAAAAGCAGCUAAAGGCGCAACUAAAGCAAAAACACAUUGCCUUGACAACAAACAAGCUGUUUUUCGAAUGCAUGGCACAAGAUCCUGAGUUAUGGCCGUCAGGAACAGAAUCAGAAAAGUUCACUGAAGAAAUCCGAGAUGAGUAUAAGAAAGUAUUAGAUGAAAUGACGGACAAAGAAACUGAGAUAUCAUCCAUGUGUGAAAUGGCAGAAGAAGCAUUCAAUUUUCUGCAAAUUAAAUUACAAGAGGUGGAAAAAUUAAAGGAAAAUCUUGAAAAAAAGGUUUCCAAACUUGCACACCUGAAGAGUAGAAAGAAUACACAAUCUGUAGGCAGUGCUGUACCCCAGAAUGUGACUGAAAAGUUGAAGUCUAUUGAUGCUGAAAUUGCAAAAUGCCAGGACACAAAAGUCAUUGCACUGAAACAGUUACAAGAAAAUCUGAAAACAGUCGAAGAGUUACAAGACAAAGUGCACGAAACUAAAAAACUAGUGGAACUGAAACACAGAUUAGAGGAGGCACAGUUGUCUGAUUCAUCAAGAAAUCUGGAAAACAUUAGAAAACUUGUUGACAACAUAGAAUCACUGGGUGAAGUUCGAGCUCACUUGGUUUCCGUCAACUCCGUCUGCUUGGAGUUCCUGCAGAUCUCAGUUUACGAUGACGUAAACCUCCAGUUGUUACUCGAGUUCAGUGACAACGAUCUUGGUAAACCAGUGUUGACGUCAGCAAAGGUAAAUGAAACAGUUUUAAAUGUGGACGACAUACUGAGUACUGGAGUGAAGAGAAACGAUGUUGUUUCUCUCAUUGAGCAGCUCAAGUCACGGUGGACGUCGCAUGUCCCGUUAAUUACUGAAAUCAAUCAGCUCAGAGAUAUGUAUGCUAUUGACUGGAUACCCGAAGAACACUUACUGCGUAUCAUAGUGGGCAAAAAAAGUACAAUUGUCUGCACCCUGGAAAUACCAGAGAGUUACCCAUCGGCAGGGAAGAUAACUCCUGUUAGUAUUAGUGGCGAUGUGGACUCGGAGGAUACUACAAUUCUACAGCCGGAAGGUCCAGGUACACUCCUAGACUGGGCCAAAUAUUUGGAAGAAAAAUACCGAAACCAGUGAACUAUUGACAGCCAAGUGUAUUUUAGUCGAAAUGACCAUUGACACUAGUAAUAUGUUACAAUGAUAAUUCAUCACAGAAGAUCUGAAUCCUUUUGCAACUUUUGCAUUGAGAUCAAUUUCCUGCAAACUUAAGACCUAGGUCAUUGAAACGUGGUUUAUAGUUGCACCUAUGGAUGUUCAUCACAGUGCACCAAAAACUAAACACUUUUAUAAUGGUCAAGACAUUUAAUUCCACAGAAUAAUUUUUUCUUCUCUCUUUUUUUUUUUUAACAUUCUUCCAUUAUACAGGAGUGGGAAUUCUCCUCGGAUCAGCUGUUUUCCUUUCAUGGAACAUUGCGUUU